CCGAGUUUACACGCUCCUAUCGGGAGCGGCUGUUGCUGACGUUUCUCUCUCGACGUCAGUCGAGUGCUCAUGCAGCUGUGAUAGCGGUACCGUGCGUUCCCAGGCGGCCGCUAUACGUAUAUCCUAGCAACAGCUUGCUGGCCGAGCAGUGAGAUCUACAGGGAGUCGCACGGAGGCGCACACAUUUUUCUCUCUAACCAGGAACGCUAUAUAAGUAGAGGCUUGCAGUAAAGGCUUGCAGACUUGCCGCUGCUACUGUCGUUAUGGCGUUGUUAUCAUCUGCUGCACGCCUCGCCGGACGAAACCUACGUAAUGUCGCCCGCAUGUCGUUGGUGGCGACGUCUCAGAUCGUUGGCGGCGGGACAGUAAGGCCGACAACAGAGGCAGACUUGCCCGCUGUGGGAAAACUGUGGCAGGAUCAGUUUGGGUUCGAGAAUGGCAUGGAAACGAUGAAAAUCAUGAUUGACUACUGCAAGGGCGGUACAUUCGUUGGGUUGAACGAACAGGGAGACCACGUCGGCUUCAUAACGGCGUCACGGACGGACACACAGUCGAUGGGCGGACACUUCAUCGUCCAGAGCGACUACCGCGGCACGGGCGUCGGCGACGAGCUGUUCCGCCGACGGGGCGAGUUCAUCGGCGACCGCAACUUCGGCGUCAACUCCGUCAUGUACCGCGUCAACGCCAACCGCCGUCUCGGCUUUACCGUGUCGUCGUUCACGGUCAACCUCAUGGAGCAUCAUGUCGACCACGCCAAGAUGGCGACCCGACCGCCGCUGCCCUCCUGCUCGGCGACGAUCCAGCCGUACACGGACGACAUGUACGAUGACGUCAGCGCUUACGACGCUCAAAUAGCCGGUCAUCCGCGCGACGGCUUUCUGAAGCCGUACCUGGCCGCGCACGUCAAUCGAAGCUACGUCGCCAUCGAGGGUCAGUCUAAGAUAGUCGGCUAUACGACCAUCACGCCUAUGACGGGCUUGUUCAGUUUCGGUUUAUUCCCGCUAUACGGCGACGACGCCGCUAUACAGAGCAAACUUCUGCGUACGAUCGUGGCAGACCUGCCAGAUGGCGCCGCCGUCGUUGCCGGUGGAGCGGCGACGAACAACAGGGCGUUUGAGAUGUACACGGCACAUGGAUGGAUCGUAGAGAUGCAGGCGCUGCGAAUCUACACGAAACACGAUCGCGAUUUUCCGCUGAAGAAAGUCGGCUCGGUUCUCCAUCUCGAUGUAUGCGGAAUAUGAGUGACGAGCGCUUCAGCCAGCGCUGUACGUUCUUCUCGUGCUCAAAGCACGAUAAAGGGAACCGGCUUUCAUGACAAGCACUUUUACUUUUACUAUUUACGGUGACGUAAUCACUUUAAUGGCUUGCCAAAAAUUAAGAGCAUUGUAAACUUAUUUUAUGAUGAUAUGCUUAUAGACUGCUUAU